AAUUAUCUCUGCACCUCACCUUUCUUGCUUCUUCUUUCUAAUGGUUUAUUGGAGUAAUGGGUCAUUUUCUGCAUCACUCCUUUCUACAAGGAAUCAAUCGGGAGCUAAUGUUCAUGCUUUUUUUAGUCUAAAAUACUGUAAUAAGGUGUUCAUAUUCCCUUUACAAUGCUCACAAACUAUUUGACGUAAUGCCUCAACCACUUGGGGGUUUUAACAACUGCAGCUCUGCUUAAAGAUGCCUGCACUAGUAUCAACAAGGUUGCUCUUCCUUUUUGGCCUGUCAUCACCGUUGCCAAAACUGUUGCGUGUAUCAAGAACUGGUUGGUGCCAUCGCAAUGUGCUUUUUUACUCACAGGUUAGACAAGACCAGGCUCCUCUUACCCUUGAGAGCCUAGGAAUCAAGAGCCAAUUUGAAAGAAAAGAAAAGAUCACUAAAACAAAUAAACAUGAGAAAUUUAAGCAGAAUUCAGCUAUUGAUGUCCCUAGAAGUAAAGUAAAGGUAGUAAACAAGGGAACUAGAGAUGUUAGUGUCAACAAAUCGCUUGAAGAUGAGACAGCUUUAUUUGCUGCAAAAUCGUUUUCUGAGCUUGGCCUCCCGCCUCUGUUGCUUGAAAGGUUGGAGAGUGAAGGCUUUAAAGUUCCAACAGAAGUUCAGUCUGCAGCUAUUCCUACCAUUCUCAAGAAUCAUGAUGUUGUCAUACAGUCUUAUACAGGUUCGGGAAAAACAUUGGCGUAUCUCCUUCCUAUACUGUCUGAAGUUGGACCUCUGAUCGAUAAAUCUUCUAAGGGUAAUGAAGAAGUUGGGAAAAAAUCAGAGAUUGAAGCAGUUAUUGUUGCUCCAUCUAGGGAGCUGGCUAUGCAAAUUGUGAGAGAGGUUGAAAAACUGCUUGGACCGGCAAACAAGAAAGCAGUUCAGCAACUUGUUGGGGGUGCAAACCGAUCACGACAAGAAGAAGCUCUUAGGAAAAAUAAGCCAGCAAUCAUUGUUGGUACUCCUGGCAGGAUUUCAGAGAUCAGUGCUGCUGGGAAACUUCACACCCAUGGUUGUCGCUAUUUGGUUUUAGAUGAAGUUGAUGAGCUCCUUUCAUUUAACUUCAGGGAGGAUGUGCACCGAAUUUUGGACCAUGUAGGGAGGAGAUCAAAUGCAGAUUCUCAUGGACCAAACAGCCAGCUUGCCAGGCGAGCUGCGCGCCAGACUAUCUUGGUAUCUGCAACAGUGCCAUUUUCAGUGAUAAGGGCAGCUAGGAGUUGGGGCCAUGAUCCACUUCUUGUGCAGGCCAAAACGGUUAUUCCACUUGAAUCUGUACCUGCCUCUAGACCAGUUAAUGCGUCAGGGCCUAUAUCCAGUUCAAGCUCAAACUCAAAUCCGCAGCCUCAGGCAGCAAUACAGAGCCUUCCUCCAGCAUUGAAGCACUACUACUGUGUGACAAGGAUACAGCAUAAGGUUGAUACUUUGAGAAGAUGUGUUCAUGCACUUGAUGCCAAGUCUGUGAUAGCUUUUAUGAAUCAGACUAGGCAACUAAAAGAUGCUGUCUUCAAGCUAGAGGCUCGUGGGAUGAAAGCUGCAGAAUUACAUGGAGAUCUUGGCAAGCUUUCUAGAUCUACCAUUCUAAAGAAAUUUAAAAAUGGAGAGGUGAGAGUUCUAGUAACAAAUGAACUCUCAGCUAGGGGUUUGGAUGUUCCAGAGUGUGAUCUUGUUGUUAAUCUAGACUUGCCUACAGACUCAAUUCACUAUGCCCAUCGAGCUGGCAGGACGGGAAGGCUUGGUCGCAAGGGCACCGUAGUAACCAUUUGUGAGGAGUCAGAAGUGUUUGUUGUGAAAAAGAUGCAGAAGCAGCUCGGAAUUACUAUUCCCACUUGUGAGUUUACAGAGGGCAAGCUUUCCAUGACUGUAGAAGAAGAGAAGAAACCUGUACAGGCUUUAAAAUGAUGGAUAUUAGUCAGUGUUACCUUCUUUGGUGGGUUUAUAGCAACAGGUCUUGUACUUUAUUUAUCUGAUUUUCUUUUUCGAAGUAGAGGUGUAGUAUAGGGACUAGGAGACAGUCCUUUUCUGUCAUCUAAUGACUAACCUUAUUUGGCUUUUGAAGCACUCUAUACAUAUUCUUUUGGUCAA